ACCUCUUCAUGGUUGAUAAAGCGCAUGUUAUCCGAGGCACUACCAAGUCUCGUCUCAAGUCCAAAUUGUAUGUAUUCAAUUCGUUUGUCAUGCUGGCUGUAUACGGCAUUAUAGCAACGUUCAACUUUGUCUCCCGAGGCUCCCGGUACGACAAGGACAAUGAUUUAUGCAUCAUCGGGCUAGAGCGCACCAUCCUGUUGCCCGUCAUCUUCUUUGACGCUGUUAUCAACGUGUAUCUGACAUCUCUAUUCCUGGUUCCGCUCUUAAGACUACACUCGAUUCAAAUAUCGAUGAUGAAGCCGUGGACGAUGCAUGAGAAUACGCUUCACUUCUCCCGAGUUCCGCCUAACGUGAGGCUACGGAGACUCGCGUUACGAACUUUCGCUGGUGUCCUUGGCACCUUGGCUAUCAGCAUUGCCAACUUGUCAGUAUUGGUGGCUUUGGAAGGCGAAAUAGUUUGGCUGUGCCUCACCUGUUGCAACACAGACAUUCUCUUCACUGCGUUUGUCAUCCAUUGGAUCAACUCCAGUGGCAAAGCUGCACCGAAGUCUAAUGUUGAGGUUGUUCCCACCCCAAUCCCGCCGCCACCAUCAAUGGAGCUCGGCGAAAAGGAAGCUGUUACUUUUACUGAAGUAUUUGAUCAACGACGAAAGUCUUACGACGAUCAUGAUCACGAGCCAUAGUCUUAUUCUCGUUCUGGUCAUGGUAUGGUUGGGCACCGUUCCUGAGGAGAACGCACCUAUAUGUAGCCACCGGACCUCUUUAUGGAAACGGCCUUGUAUCGAACAUUUGAUUCCCCCCAUGGUUGAGCGUAUUGAGUGGCAAAAGCAUUGCAUAAAGUAUUUGGUUGCCUUUCACUACACGUAUUUAUCCAGCGUGCUCACGAGAAGAACAUUAACCAUAAAAAGAAAAAAGAAAAACCUUGCCUCUGCUCGUGUCUG